AUGGAUAUUCGAAGUUCAUUCAGCGCUCAAUUACAACUUAUUGGUUUACUGUGUGAUUUCUCAAAUAUUACCUUGGUCAAUAGUCUUAACGAGAUGUCAAACACUCAAUUAAUUACUCGAGAAGUCAUCUCGUCUAUUAUUCUUCAAACUCAAGUCGAUGAUUUAGUUGAUAAUUUUCGAAUUCAAAUUUCAACGACACUCGAUCGUACUUUGAAACUUAUUCGUGAGACAUCAGUUGGCAACCUACUCGUAUCGGGGUGGAAAACCGAUGCUUCUGCAAUUUUAUUCGCUGCAAAUGCUGCUGGUGAUCUAUGGGCUGUUAUUGAAAUGAAUAUUCUUCCUCAAUCUGCCGAUGGAUUACCUUGCUAUUGCUCAACUACAUUUCAGUGUCGAAGUCGAGCGGCCAUCUAUCAAGAGACAGAUCCUGGUAAUACGGCUGGAGAUUAUGCGACUUCAUUUAAUAUCUCGAUGAUUAUUGACUCAUUUGAAGGCCUGAUUGGUGGGUUGAAUAUAACAUUUCGAAUUUUUAUUGCAUUAUUAAUUCCUGUGGUAAUGUUACCAGUAAAUCGUGUAACAUCAGUCGAAAGUGGCACGGUUCCUAUUGGUAGACGUCGACGACUUCGUUAUUGGUUCACUAUCGUCAGAAACAAAAUUACAACAUUCAAUCUAUUUCCGGAUCGUGUUGACGACGAUGAAAAUCGCAUACGUGAACAGCGUUAUGCCAGUCGCAUGAAAAUUUACGAAGAUUUUCGCGUUCAAGCGACUGGCCAAUUUCAAUUGCUUCAAAGUUUUUGUGAAUUAGCAGAACAAACUGUGGUUAGAGCACUGCAAGACUUUGCUACAAGUGAAUUUAUAACUGCUAAUGUGAUAUCUGCAACUAUCUUUGAUGCACAAAUGCGUUCAACAAUAAAUACUUUUCAGCUUGAGACACCAAGCGCAUUUAUUAGUACAUUAGAACUUAUUCGACGUACGACACAUGGUAAUGCCUUUAUGACAGUGUACGCAAGUAAUUGGGAGUAAGUGAUAUCACAGUUUCCUUAUAUAUAUAUCUGAUUUCAAAUUUCACAUAGCUACAUUGUCAACAAGGCAGAACCGGAUGCAACUGUCUUCACUUAUCCAAUUUCUUAUGAUAAUUGUUCAUGCGCCAUGUCAUAUAAAUGUUCUUCGUCGGCUUUUAUUUAUUCGUGGAAUAAAACAUUUAUGUAUGAAGUUCCUGGCUUUCGCAUGGACUGCUUUCCACUCGAGGCUCUUCUUCAAUCGACACUUGAAUGUAUAUAUUCCCAAAUGUGUGUGGAUCUAGUAGCCCAAUUGCUUCGACCAAGAACAGUGAUUCACGUAACUGCUUUAGAAACGAACAGUAGUAGUCGAUUUUCACGAAACACAACUGUGGAAAUGAUCCUUCAACAACUGUUCGUUGAAGAGUGGUCCACAAACAUUUCUUACGAAGCUUUUUUUUCUGCAUGUGAACCAUUAUCGUGCACAUAUAUUUACACGACUUCACUCAAUGUCAUAUAUGUAGCAACGACAUUUUUCAGUCUCUAUGGUGGACUUACUGUAACCUUAAGAACUUUAGCCCCAUUGAUUCUCAAAAUUGUCACGACGAUAAGACGCUACUUUUUCCGAAGCAAUCAAUGAAUCUGUAACAAUCAAGAUUGAAACAGACAAUUUGAUAAAUGAUAAAAACCAAGAAGCAUUUCACUUGAAAAGCAAUAGACUAAAUCAAAUAAAACUACAUUUUAUUCAAUAUUCUAAUUCUAGUAGUGUCACGCAUCCAAGACUUUGGAGAACUGCAUAUCUAAGGACGAUCAUACUUAUCCAAUGUGGAUGUGGAGAUUAGUCAAUUCAAUAACAGUACCAGCGUCAAUAUUCACUCCACACCAGCACCCACGACAAAUAAUCAGUUUAACAACUUUUUAAAGUUAUGUUUCUAAUCGACCAUCUUGUGAGGAAAAUCUCAAACGAGAUAUAUCUAGAUAUCGGUUAUGGGUGUGAAUGUGGGUGUGGGAUGUGAAUGUGUGAAUGUGGGUCAUGUUUUUUGUUUCAUUCGGGUGCGUCCCUUUUCGUCCUCGCUCUUCCGAACAUCCGGACAAAUAACCGGAUGUUCGGAAUGAAAACCGUGCAGGUGUUCGGAACGAAAAAUACCCGAUAUUCGGAACAAAAAAUACGCGAUGUUCGGAACAUAAAAUGACGGCUGCUUGGAGCGAAAAGUGACGAAUGUACGGAAUGAAUUUUGGUGUCUGUUUCUAACAUAGAAAAGGAUUCAUUCAUAUAGUAUCUUUUAAGUCCUUGAAUGUAGCGACCUCUUGUAUAUUCAGUUAGAGUUUUUUAAAGUAGUGUAGAGUUCAGUAGUGAACGA